ACAGAAACAGCGCGCGUUAAGAUGACGUAUGUGUUUUAACAGCUGAUUGAAAGAAGUCGCAGUUUACCAAACAGAUCACAACACAAACCUGCUAAAUCAAAUUUUAGUGUUAGUUGCGAAUUCUACGCGGGAACAUUUUCGCGAUGACUUGAGUGUGUUACAGCUUUCUCCUACCUCACAUAUCCUGUCGUGCAGUGCAGUAUAGUCCAGCGAUGGAUAAGAUUUUGGAGGCACUGGUCAGCUCCUCCCACCCUGUGCCUGUCAAACGGGCUAUUGUGAAAAAAGUAAUAGAAGCUGCUGAAAGGGAGGUAACAGAGGAGCAGUGCUGGGCUUUGUACCAUCUCACAACUCGUCUUAUUCUUUUGGGUGAGGAUGCUUUUCAGCGACAAGUUGGUCACCAAGUGCAGGAGGCCUAUGCACGCUACCACCGUGAGGAGUUUGCACGGUUCUUCAGUAAAGAGUAUGUAAUUGGACUCCUGCAACAAGGUUACGGCUCUUUGGAGUGCAGAGACCCUGCCAUCAUGGACUAUCUUCACAGUUCCCUGCGGUUGCUCAUCAGCUGCCCAGCUGUAUUAGAGUUGGCACCGCUGUUACAGACAGAGGUCCUGCGGAUCAUCUGUGAGCGGCCAGAGCCAGCAACCUGUGCCAAGCUUGCAAUCAUACUGACAGACUUCCCCCAGUGCAUUCCACGAGAGAAGGCAGUAGUUCUCUUCUGUCAGCAGCUUGUGCGUGCCUUUGCGUUUUUCCACUGUUCUGCCUCUGAAGAACGGGAGUUGCGGCAGUAUGUGGCCCAGGUGACCAGGGUGAGCACGCUGCUUCAGGGAAUCUGGAAGGCAGAGCCGGCAACACUGCUUCCCUCACUUCAGGAGGUGUUUGCAGUCAUCUCCUCCACAGACCCCUCAUUUGAACCUUCCAUUGCUCUGGCCAGCCUGGUCCAGCACAUCCCUUUGCAAAUGAUUACAGUCCUCAUCAAAAGCCUCACCACUGACCAGAAUGUUAAAGAUGCCAGUAUGACCCAAGCACUUUGCAGGAUGAUUGAUUGGUUGUCCUGGCCUUUGGCCAAUCAUGUGGACACCUGGGUCAUUGCUUUAUUAAAGGGACUUGCUGCUGUUCAAAAGUUCACCAUUCUCAUAGAUGUCACACUUCUCAAAAUUGAACAGGUCUUUAAUCGUCUCUGGUAUCCUAUUGUGAGACAAGCAGCACUGGUGGUUCUUUCACACAUGCUACUCAGUUUCCAGCACUCUCCUGAAGCCUUUCACUUAGUAGUCCCCCUUAUAGUCCCAUUGGUGCAGUCUUUGAAUAACGAUGGCCUUCCCAACAGCAAAACCUUCCUACUGCAGUUGGCAGAACUCGUUCACUGCAUGAUGUACCAGUAUUCUGGCUUCCCAGACCUCUAUGACAGCAUUCUUGAAUCCAUUAAAGGCCUACCUAAACCUAGUGAGGAGAAGAUCAAGUUUGUUCUGAACCAAAGCGCCUGGACCUCUCAGUCCAACUCAUUUGCACCAGGCUUGCUCAAGCUCACAGGAAAAUCAGAAACGGGGAAAACAGGACUUGUGAAUCUGGGAAACACGUGCUUCAUGAACAGCAUCAUCCAGAUUUUAUUCAUGGCUACAGAUUUCAGACGACAUGUAAUGUCACUGCAUCUGAAUGGCAGCAACACCCUUAUGAAGAAGCUCCAGCUUCUUUUUGCCUUCUUAGCCCAUACACAGAGAGCAGCAUAUUCACCAAGAAGUUUCUUAGAGGUGUCUCGACCGCCCUGGUUUACAGCUGGAUCUCAGCAAGACUGCUCAGAGUAUUUACGUUUUCUGUUGGACAGGUUGCAUGAGGAAGAGAAGACCUUCUUGGCCCCUAAGGUGGCCUGCCCAAAACCUGAACUUGCUUCCCUAUCUACUGAAGCCAUUCACAGUGCUGCAGGUCAGCCGGUUGCUAAUGUGCCGUCACAGUCUGAUCCCGUGGUUGAUGAGGGGGAUGGUCGUACUCUUGUGGAGCACAUGUUCGGUGGAAGACUCUCUACAGCCAUCCGCUGCUUCAAGUGCCACAGACUGUCAGAAAAAGAGGAGCCGUUUACAGAUCUUUCCCUUGCCUUCUGCCCCUCUAUGUCACAGCCUUGCCAAGGGGCAGUAAACGGGGGCAGUGAAAGCUCGGAGAGUACUGUAAAAGAAGCAGGAACCAGAACAGAGAUGACCGUAGUGGAGCCUGCUUUGUCUGUACCAGAUUUAGUCGACUAUUUCCUGGCCCCAGAAAUCCUGGAAAAUGACAACUGCUACUUCUGUGAACACUGCGGCUCACUCCAGAGGGCUGAGAAAGUCAUGCGGGUGGUGGAAGCACCCGAGUACCUCAUUUUAACUCUGUUACGCUUUUCGUAUGACGCCACGUGCCAUGUCCGUCGCAAGAUCCUGGACAAUGUAGACAUCCCGCUGCGGAUGAGCCUGCCUCUGAACCAAUGCAACAGCUCUGCAUCAUCGUCUUCCUCAACUGCAGUUCCAUCUUUCUCGUCCGAGUCACCUGAAAGUGGUGAAAAUCUAGCUAAGAAACUUAAGCCUUCUCAGAAAGAGGAGGGCAUGAAAAAAAGAGAGCGCAAUGACAGUGAUUUGGAGGCAAUGUCCGUACCGUAUGUUUUAAGUUCUGUUGUAAUGCAUUCUGGAAUGUCUUCCGAGAGCGGUCACUACUACUCAUAUGGAAGGAAUGUGAGUAGUACUGAUGGGUAUGUACCUCACCCGUGUCCUAACAAUCAGGGAAGUUCCAACCUAUCAAAGAGCUCAACAGCAACCCAAGAAGAAAUGGGGUGUAUUAACCACAAAUCCACAGACUGGUUCUUGUUUAAUGACAGCCGAGUGACUUUUACAAACUUUCAGUCAUUGCAGAAUGUCACAAGUCGCUUUCCUAAAGACACAGCCUAUGUUCUGGUAUAUAGAAAACAAGAAGUUAGCGGACAUCAUAGUAAUGCAGGGGCAGUAGUGAAUAGCUCAAGAAUGAGUGGAGAGCCACCCCUACAGAAAGAGCUGAUGGAUGCAAUUACCAAAGACAACAAACUCUUCUUACAGGAGCAGGAGCUGAAUGCCAGAGCACGGGCCCUCCAAGCAACUUCUGCUUCCUGUUCGUUUCGACCCAAUGGAUCUGAUGACAAUGAGCCCCCUGGUAGUUGUGGACCCUCGGGUGGGGGUGGAGGAGGGGGCUUCAAUACUAUCAGCAGACUCGUCUUCUAAGAAAGAGUUAUGCUCCACAGAUAUGCCCUUUAGGACACUGGACAGUCUUACUAAAUCAAGACUCCAUUUUGUUUCCCAGUUACCCAUUAUCUGAAUAAGUGUGCCACCUUGAAAACAGACUUGUCUUUUUUUGUGGUUUGCAUGCAUUUGUUUAAUUUUCUGUAAAGUUAAAUAAAUCAUUUUCCGUUUUACAGAUCAAAAAUAAGCAUGCAAUAAAUUUGUACAGAAUACAGCAAUUAUUUUGGUCUCAACCUUAAAUAUUAAUUGUUCCAUUUCUUAACGGAAAGUCAUUAGGCAGAGAAUAAUUAAAGAAUUAAAGAAAUCGAAUAUUUUUGGACUAUACUACAAAGUUGACUACUUGCAUGACUACUUUGUUUGAAAUUACGAUUAUAGCUGUUUUUAGCAAUUAUUUAAUUAGACUUAUUAUAUUUAUUCAGGAAAUAUGUAUUUGAUUUAUCUUUUUAAAGUUUUUAAAGUUAAGUGAUUUUAUGUGCCUUUCCAUACUUAAGGUUUCACAGAAUUAUUUGAUCGGAUAGAAAUGAUCCUUUCUCUUGCUGUACAGUGUUAAUAUGUAAUGAUUGUUUCUGCUCUCUAGUAAAGACUACUUCAUGAACAAUGUCUAAUUUUAUCAACAUUUGAUUUACUGUCAGUUUCUAUGUCAUUUAUUGGUGCAAAAUUUCAGUAGACCAUAUGUUCCUAACCUUUGGUGCUCAGCAAUGUACCAAAACACUUAAAAUAUUGUUCAUAGUGUCCGGUUACAGCAUAAGAUUUAAACUGUAUAAUAUUUCAUUUCAUACCACCAAAGCUUACACUGACCACAAAAGCAGCAUAUGGGAAGUUAAUAGCACAAAGUGUGUUCUGAAACAAUGCAAUCAAACUGAGGGCUGUUUUUACUAUUAAACAUUUGUCAGUCACCUUGUGGCCAUCAAUCCAUAUAUUCUCCAUCCUUCCAGUGUCUUCAGUUAUAGCCACUGUGCCCCUGUCCUUGAGUGAACUCUGAUACAAUGCUUUUGUUUCUUUACCACAAAGUACUGUGUAACUGGCCUAAUGCAUUAGCUUGUGACUU